AUGGAGCCUUCGAACACAAACGAGCGUGUGCGCCCACGUGCGGGAUCCAUCCGCACACAUCACCCAGGUGAAAAGCGGGGGAUGUACACCAGUUAUAUUGGUCCGGAUUUAUCAUUUAGUCAAUUUGAGCCCUCGUCUGACUCCGAAGUGUCCUUCAUGAGCGACAUCUCGGAUCAGUUUGUGGUGCCCUUUGAGGGCACAGCAAGCAUCUUAUCUAGUAGCAUUAACCUAAUAAACACGAUCAGCGGCGCCGGACUCUUGGCCCUUCCGUAUACCGUCAUGCGCUCCGGCUGGGUGAUAGGUUUGUUCUCGAUGAUCUUUGUGAUCGUCAUUGGCUCCAUCUCCUUCUAUCUUUUGAGCUUCAUUUCAGAUGCCCUGCAGGUCUUCAACUACGGUGCAAUCGCUCAGAAGCUCUACAACAGGCACGUCGGAAAUUUGGUCAACAUCCUCAUCAUUGCUCUGACCCUCGGGCUUCUCAUGGCCUUCACUGUGCUCAUUCGUGAAAGCAUGUUCUUCUUCUCUGCAAACCCCGAACUGGAGUGGGCCGGGCAGCUAUCACUCAUUGCAGUUUCCCUUGUAGCGAUCCUUCCCCUUUCACUGUUGAGGAACUUAAACUCUUUAUGGCUUACCUCUCUGCUAAGCAUAGUAUGUCUCAUAUACUUCAUGGUUAUGAUUUUGUCCUUUGCAAUCCUUAGUAAUAGUUCGUCGAUAAUAAAUAAAAAUAUUGUUCGUCCGAUUAAGAAAGGAAGCCCUGUCCCCGUCAGCACCUCACUGAAUCUGAUCCUGGCAGUGGCGUCCCUGUCAAUCACGUUUUGUGGACACUACAACAGUCUAAAUAUUUACAAGGAAGUACGGAACAAGAGCCUGACGAAAAUGAAGCACAUUAUAGUCAUCGUUGCAGUCGUUGUUGCACUGUUGAAUGUAACGGUCGGACUGGCAGGCUACUUUAUGUUCACUGACCAGUGUCUUCCAGACAUCCUCCUGAAUCUGGCGGAGUACCCAUCUGCGCACAUCUGGAGUGAGAUUGCCGACAUAGGCAUAAUAUUCGUCCUUGUGUUCUCCUUUCCAGUCGUGUGCUUUGCUCUCCGCCGGGCCGUCGAAGACGCGAUAUUUCAGACAGAAUAUGUGCGCCGUAAGUGGUCCAUCCUCAUCUCUUUGACCGUCGUCGUCUUCACCGCACUGAUAGGGUGCUUUGUCAACGACGUGGGGAUCGUCCUGGACCUGACUGGGAUGCUCGCAGGUGUUCCGUUGGUAUUCAUCUUCCCCGCAAUCUUCACGCUUUCAUUUCUGAACCCUAAAAGUCAUUACAAUCAGCAAUUUAGCCGAGCCCUCCGUCUCCGUCUAGCGAUAGAGCAGCAUGAAAAGCCGCACAAGCUCCUCAAAUAUAAUGACGACACAGCAGCACUGGUGGAGCCUGUGCGAAGUCGAAAGCAAAGAAGCAUGCGCCAGUCCCUUGAGGCCGAGCUGGGAGAGGGUGGAGAGACGCUCAAGCGAUACUAUAACAACUAUUAUGUGGGCCCUGUUCAGCUUGCUCAAGAGAAGAUCUUUAGAAAUACGAGCAGGCUCAAGCGGCUUCGCGCCCUUUCCUGGGUAAGUUUCAUCCUUGGUGUUGUGCUAUUUGUUUCUGCCCUUGGCACAACGUGCUUUAUUUCCAUAGAUCUUUCCAGUGUCGACAAUUAA